GCGGGGGGUUCUAGAGAUCUUUGGUGAACGCUUACUGGGGUACCACAAUGCUUUUCUUGACACUUGUAUGCAUUGCAGUGGGAGCGGUGGGUGUAUCAGCCUUGACCACAUGCACCUCUAAAUCCGACUGCAGUUCGAGCCAGGAAUGCGUUCCACACUACAACUUCUCGUCAACGAACGCUGGCAACUGCAAUCCCGUCUAUUACUGUUCUCCAAUUUCUGGUAAUACCUGCACAUGCUUGAACAGCGGCUACGAUUGCAGGAAGAAGGCCUGUCCAAGCUCACCUUAUGAAUGUGUUGUGAUCGAACACAAGGAUGCCAGGUGCGGAGGGGCGAACGGUCCCGUCUGCUCCAGUAGCCAGGUAUGCGGUUACGCCAGCACAGGUGUCGUCUGCAAGACUUGCCCCUGCUAUGGUACUCACACUGCACAAUGUGCCACCAAGACUACACCACCAGGAUCUUGCACCGACAGCGUCAUUCUAAUUCAGGCGGAUGGGACCUACACCUGUGACGGGUGCGCAUCGGCUACUUCUGUCUUGACAGCCUGAUGGAUACGAAUCCAAUGUCAAUUCUAGGAUUAUUCUAACCGAGACUUAACUGCGGAAUGCGUUUUGUAUAAAUGAAGGUGACUGACUUUCUGGUGGACUGCUGUCCUCAAUAAAAGGAUGUCUGAGUCCUU